AUGGCAAUGGCAAUGGCAAUGGCAAUGGCAAUGGCAAUGGCAAUGGCAAUGACCCACCAUCGGUGCUUCGAUGAGGCACGUGCCUUUGAUGAGUUGCAGUGUUUACAAUACAAUGUUGAGGAAGAAUUAGUUGAUUCAUUUACUCAUCUUGAUGGAGAUUAUGUGUACCCUUACGUAAUUCUGACUCAUGUUGAUCAUCAUAUGGAGUACGAUGAAGAGGAAGAAUCGUUUGAGGAUAUCGUGGGGCUUACUCCGGCAAGCGAGGCGGCUAUCGAGUCAUUGGAGAGGUUGAUGAUCAAAGAUAAUGAGGGGGAUAUUGAUAAUUGUUCAAUUUGUCUUGAACAAUUUUUUAAUAACAACAAACACAAAAGCUUCAAGCUCAUCAUGCCAUGUAACCAUCAAUUUCACGAGGGUUGUAUAAUUCAGUGGCUUCGUAAAAAUCAUGUUUGCCCUCUUUGUCGAUAUCACUUGCCAAUCGUCGAUCAUUCUAAUUAA